CAACGCGACACGAACCUACUGUCUCUGUCUCUGCCACGCGCCAAAAGCCCCAUUGUACACAGAGUGCUUUCCCUCUCCACACGUCUCUGUCCCCUGCCACAGCACGCCAUCUUUUAUGUCUCCUUCGAAGUGAAAUCUGGCUUCAUUGACAUGGCCUCCUUUCCAACAAUUCGUUGCACGCAAAUUCACCGGGCCGUCUGCUGGCUUCCCAGCUAUGAAAUCACCCUGAUAGUUGUAGACGUAGAUGUUAUAUUUGUAUCUCUCAGGAGGAUUCCUUGCUUGAAUGACAUUGCCGCUGCCCUUGCCGUCCGGCAGGCCCCCUUUCCAUUCACCUGAGUAUAUCAUUUCGGCCAACGAGGAAUUGCAGUUUUGUACAAAUCGGCCAUUUCCACACGGCUUGUGGUCUUUCAGCUGUCCUGAGUAUUUGCCGGCGUAAUAUGGGCUGGGCAGCCCAGUGAUCGUCAGUUCCACACAUUCGCCAUCACCGAGAAACUCUCCGUUCGCAAACACGUCGCUUACUUGCACGCCAUCCUUAUUCCUCUUUGUGCCGUGCCCAUGAUAGACUCCGUCAAUCCAGGCACCAUUGUACCUCUCGUGUCCAGACCCAGUCUUCUCACAGCGAUUCCACAUCCCGUUGCCAUGUGGUUUGUGAUUGCGGACUUGUCCGGAAUAUGUGCCGUCAUUGAAGGCCAUGUUCUUCACGUCUCCGUCACCGAGGAAGUCGCCAUUGGUGAAGGCUCCUUUGAAGGUCCUGAAGUCGCGCAUCGGCUGAUGACCCCCAGGAUAAUAAUAAUGAAACACUGUGUUGAGCUCUCCGCUUCGAUUAAAGCAGCCACUCUUGAAUUCUCCUUCGUAUUCCUUGUGUCCGUCAGUGAAGUAGAGCGUGCCUUUGCCAUUGUACUGCCCCGCGGCCCAUUCGCCUUCGUAUCGCUUUUUUCCGUCACCCAAAUACAAAGUCCCCUUUCCAUGCCGUAUCCCCUUUUGCCACUCGCCGUCGUAGUCUUGCUGUUUGCCGUCAUGGAAGAAAGACUUGGCCUUGCCGUGGAGGUGUCCUGCCACCCAGUCGCCCUCGUAGCGCUUUGUCUGCUCGUCCAGAGACCACAGCACGCCCUUGCCGUGGGGCUUCUCGUUCCGCCAUUGCCCUUUGUAGAUGCCGGCCUGGCCGUCGACCUCCCAGUGCCGUGUGACGUUCUCCAGAGGGUCUGGCUCGCUCUUGGCUUGCCGGGCAGCCUGUGAGACACAUACAGAUGCAGGAAAGACACCCUCAUAUGUGUACAUGCAGCCAGCCGGUCGCUCUGCAACGUGCUCUGCAUGGCAUAUGGGGAUGGUUCUUACCAGCAGUUCUGCUCGGAGAUUGGCCAUUUCUGUUGUCAGCGACUUCACCUGGCCCUUCAGCUCUUCGCAUUGCGCCUUGUAUUGAUCCCGGGACUCCCGCAUUUCCUGCAGCCGCUCCUGAAGUUCGCUGCUGCGGCCUUCAUUCACGGUCCGAAGGUUGUCCUGUGAGCGCCGAUAGUCGUCUAGGAUGUUCUGGAAGUCCUCCGGGAGGACCGAUGACCCAGAAACCGACAUUUUGGUGUGUGUGCCAAUGGACGGGGC